UAGCUCUGCACAUCCAUGGCUGCUGCAACUCCCAAAUCGAUCAAAACCCAAACUAACAUCUAUCGCAAAUCGUAUUUGUCUCCUUCUUCUUCAACAUUGCUCACUCCCCAAACCCCAGAAACACUUACCCCUCUUCGCAGAUCCGCUCGCCAUGUUUCUCGACGGAUCGAUCUGGGAAAUGGGCAAGAGAAUAUCGCCUCAAUCAAUGGUCGAGAGAGAGAAUCGAUCGAAGAAAUGAACCUGAUUCAAAAAAGGGAGAGAGCGCCCAGAAAACGGACCACCGAUGAUGAUUUCGAAGCGAAGUUGAAGAAACCCGAAAAUCUCACAACUCCGAAGAAGAAAAACGGUAAAUCGAAGAAAGAUUCAUUAGUUUCUGAAGUUUCGUUCUCUCCUGUAUCCCCAAAUCGAUCGGAGACGACGAAGAAGAGGAAAAAAACCGAAGAGAAGAAAACAAGUUCGAAUAAGAGAGUCUACUACAACAAAGUGGAAUUCGAUGGUGUCGAAUUCGAAGUCGGCGACGAUGUGUAUGUUAAGAGGAGAGAAGACGCGGUCUCUGACGAAGAAGAAGACCCAGAGAUCGAAGAUUGCCGGAUUUGCUUCAAAUCAGGUAGUAACGUAAUGAUUGAGUGUGAUGAUUGCUUAGGUGGGUUUCAUUUGAAAUGCUUGAAGCCUCCAUUGAAAGAGGUUCCAGAAGGUGAUUGGAUCUGUGGAUUUUGUGAGGUUCGUAAGUCAGGUCAGACACUUGAGGCUCCGAAACCACCGGAAGGGAAGAAACUGAUGAGAACAGCGAGGGAGAAGCUUCUUUCUAGCGAUCUUUGGGCUGCUCGGAUUGAGAAGCUGUGGAGAGAAGCAGAUGGUGUGUAUUGGAUUAGAGCUCAUUGGUAUAUGAUACCUGAAGAGACUGCCUCAGGGCGUCAAAAGCAUAACCUGAAACGAGAGCUUUAUUUGACGAAUGAUUUUGCUGAUAUUGAGAUGGAAUGUAUACUCAGGCAUUGUUUUGUGAAGUGUCCCAAAGAGUUUUCAAAGGCAAGCAAUGAUGGAAAUGAUGUGUUUUUAUGUGAGUAUGAAUAUGAUGUGCAUUGGCAUAGCUUCAAGCGUUUGGCUGAAUUGGCUGAUGGAGAUUCCGAGAGUGACCAUGAAUGGAACUCUAAGAAAGAGGAGGAGGAGAUUGAUAGUGAUGAUGAAGAGAUGGAGUUUGAUGAUGAUGAAGAAAGUGGCCGUGGAGAUUCAAAGAGUAAGAGAGGAGGUUCAACGAGCGCAAGAGCUGCGAAUUCUCUUAAAGGACGUUUCUUUGGACUUGAGAAAGUGGGAGCGAAGCGGAUUCCUGAACAUGUGAGAUGUCAUAAGCAGACUGAGUUAGAAAAAGCGAAAGCUACUUUGUUGUUGGCGACACGUCCCAAGUCUCUUCCCUGUAGGAACAAAGAAAUGGAAGAGAUCACUGCGUUUAUAAAAGGUUCAAUCUCGGAUGAUCAGUGUUUAGGAAGAUGCAUGUACAUUCAUGGUGUUCCAGGGACUGGGAAGACUAUCAGUGUACUAUCUGUUAUGAAGAACCUGAAGGCUGAGGUUGAAGCUGGAAGCGUAAACCCGUAUUGUUUUGUGGAGAUCAAUGGUCUCAAAUUGGCUUCACCUGAGAACAUUUACACCGUAAUCUAUGAAGCAUUGAGUGGUCAUCGUGUCAGUUGGAAGAAAGCUCUACACUCUCUGAAUGAGAGGUUUGCAGAAGGGAAAAAGAUUGGGAAGGAAGAUGAUAAGCCUUGCAUACUUCUCAUAGACGAGCUUGAUCUUCUAGUCACUAGAAACCAGUCGGUGUUAUACAACAUUCUUGAUUGGCCUACCAAGCCUAACUCCAAGCUGAUUGUGUUGGGAAUAGCAAACACUAUGGAUCUUCCAGAGAAGCUGCUUCCUCGGAUUUCAAGCCGAAUGGGUAUACAGAGACUAUGUUUUGGUCCUUAUAACCACACUCAGCUACAAGAAAUCAUUUCUACGAGGUUGAAAGGAAUCGAUGCUUUUGAGAAGCCAGCUAUUGAGUUUGCUUCGAGAAAAGUAGCCGCGAUUUCAGGAGACGCAAGAAGGGCGCUUGAGAUAUGCAGGCGUGCAGCAGAAGUGGCGGAUUACCGUCUGAAGAGUAACAAAACCGCUGCAAAGAACCAGCUGGUGAUUAUGGGAGAUGUUGACGCAGCGAUCCAAGAGAUGUUUCAAGCACCUCACAUUCAAGUUAUGAAGAGCGUAUCGAAACUGAGUAAGAUCUUCUUGACAGCUAUGGUUCAUGAGCUUUACAAAACAGGAAUGGCAGAGACAACCUUUGACAAAGUUGCAGCGACAGUGUCUUCUUUUUGCUUUAGCAAUGGAGAAGCUUUCCCUGGUUGGGACAUUCUUCUCAAGGUGGGAUGCGAACUCGGUGAAUGCAGAAUCAUACUCUGUGAACCUGGAGAGAGGCACAGAUUGCAGAAGCUGCAACUUAAUUUUCCAAGUGAUGAUGUUGCUUUUGCCUUGAAAGACAACAAGGAUCUUCCAUGGCUGGCUAAUUACUUGUGAGUUUCUAUUUAUUGAAUCCAGAAACUUUCUAUAAAUUGAAGACUAGUUUUGAUUCAUAUGAUUAUUGGAUGAUCA